GAAAUUUUUUGAUAAAAAUCAAUAAACUUAUAUUAUUUUUAACAAUAACGACAUCAAUAAACAACCAUUUCCCUUAUAAUUUAAUUAAUAAUUUUUCCGAAUCCAACAUUUCCAAACUGUUAGAAGAAAGGCCCUGUUCAAAUGGGCCCCACCAACAAAAUCCACAAAAAGCACACCAAAAACAACAAAAAAUGGUUCAUAUUACAGCAAAAGAAACAGAAGAGGAAAGUGAAAAAUCUUCUUUUGAGGCAACAGAAAAAGUUGUUUCAAGUGGAGAGAUGAGUUUUGAGGCUGUUCCGUGUAUGUUUAAAAGCCGGCAAGAAGAUGGGGCGGAAGGAUCUCUUUUUGGGCUUUUAAUUCGACCAGCUAUUGCCUCAACUAGUACAACAACAGAGCUUAAUAAUACAAUUUUAAUUAAUAAUGGGGUAGUGAACAAUGAUAGUGGGAAGGAAAUGUUGGUGGCUACAAGUGGGAAUGUUGCUAUCGAAGGGAAUCCAUCUUCCUCAACAUUAACCACAAAUCAGCCCAACAUAAUGCAAGUUUUACCAGCUUGUAAUAACGCCAAUUCAAUAAGAGUUAACCAACAACAAAUGACUUCUUCCGUUAUUAUAGCUUCCAAAAUGCUUCAAUUCCAACAACCAAAGGGCAGACUAAUCCCUUCUGCUUCCUUCCCUCUUUUGCCCGCACCUUCUGGAGUCCCUCCAAUUUUGCCUAAAACAUCAAAACAUCACCACCAACAAAAAAAGCUUAAAAAUUUAUUACUUAAAUCUUCCCCAAAAGUCAUUCCAAUACAACCAAAAAUAGCAAAAACUACUUUAUCGACUUUAACUAAAACUACAAUAUUUAAUAAAAGUGAUGGGUGUUGUAGUAAUAAUAAUAUUAAUUCUUUACGUCCUGAAAUAUUUGCUGCUUCUUUACAUGUAAAAAUUUAAGAUUGAUUAUAUUUUUUCAGCUUUCCUGUUUAAAUAAUGCGAGUUAGGAGCCGUGAUAAUUGCCUCAUUUGUGGGGUUCCAGGCGGAAAUUUUUUUUUCCAAUUUUGUGGGACGAGAGCCCAUUGGGGUUUUCUGGGAGCAAUUCUUAAAAUCGAAAAAAGUUUGGGAGUGGAGUGAUACGCCGCAAAAUCCCGCGUGGGAUCCCGUCAAGCAUUGGUCAAACAAAAAAAUUUUUCGAAAAUCGUAUCUCAAAAAUAUCGAAAAUAUUUUUUCA